ACACGCCGUGGCUGCGUGAGGACGCCGCUUUUAUUCUGAAAAAACGCGACCGGAAACUAAGGAUGCUGUUGUCUUGUCGGGGCGCGAGCUCGAUGGUGAUACGCAGCUAUUGAAGCUCGAGAGCAGAACAACAGCUGAUCUACGAUCGACGCGAGCAGGGGGCACUGUCAUCAUGGCUUCGUCUACUCUUCUCUCAUUGGUCGGCCUCGUGCUCCUAACUCUGGCGUCCUCUCAGACCCUUGACCCCUCCCUGCAGGAUCUGACCAAUAGGAACGCAGACUUCGCAGCACGGUUGUACCGAGCCGUCUCCGGCACCACUGAUGACAACGUCUUCCUCUCCACGUUCACGCUGUCCAACGGGCUGUCGGCGCUGCUCGGCGCCACCGGCGGGCAGAGUCAGGAUCAGCUGCUUCAGGGUCUCAGCCUGAGCGGCCUGGAGCCUCAGAGCGUCCCUGAUUUGUUUCAGAGCCUGAGGACCACCGUCCUACAGGGCGGCGUGGCCACCAACCUCAGACAGGGCGUGGCCAUCUUCCCUUCUAAGGGCGCCGAGGUGGCGCCUUCUUACCUGGACCAGGUGAAGACUCAAUUCGGGGGAAAUAUUCAGACUUUGGACUACAUGACGCCGCUGGAUGCCUCCGACGCCAUCAACAGCUGGAUCCAGGGGAACACCGGAGACCAGGUCCUGGAGCUGGUGACCACCGUGGACCCCCAGACCAAGCUGCUGCUCACCACCGCAGCAACCUACCAGAUCCGCUUCAGUCCAUCCUUUAACGCCUCCGUCACUCAGGACGAGCGUUUCUUCGUGGACAAGUAUCACGUCGUCAUGGUUCCCAUGAUGUUCCGGGCGGAUAAGUACUUCCUGGCGUACGACCGCUCUCUGAAGGUCGGCGUGCUGAGGCUGUCGAUGGCGGACGGGGCGGCCAUGUUGGUUGUGCUGCCUGACGAAGAUGUGGACAUCACCGCCGUGGAGGAGGAAGUGACCGGCGAGAAGAUCCGGGCAUGGAUCAGACAGCUGAAGAAGACGAAGUUGGAGGUGCAGCUGCCUCGCUUCCUGUUGGAGCGUUCGUACUCUCUGCGUGACGUCCUGGAGACUCUCAGCAUCACAAAGGUGUUUCAGGACGAUGCUGACAUCAUCAACAUGGGCGGAGCUGAAGGGCUCAAACUCACACAGGUUUAUCAAAAAUCUGUCAUGGCCGUCGAUGAGAGCGCGGAUGACAUCACCACAGGAGGCGGAGUCAAUGCGUUCUCCACUCUUCCUCCUCGACUGACCAUAAACAGACCCUUCAUGUUCGUCAUCUACCAGCAGACGAGCGACAGCGUGCUCUUCAUGGGCCGAGUCGUCGAUCCCUCCAAGAAAUAAAAUAUUUACCUGACAGGAUGCUUAGCCCCGCCCACCUGAGUCUACACAUGUUAGUCUGUACUUCCUGUCAGUUUACAUAAAGCCCUAGCAGGUAAACCAUGUUCACCCGUUUUCCUGAGAAAAUGUAAGCAAGAAAAUAAACCUUGAGGUUGUAAAGGUUGUUUUCAGACCUUCAUGUUGAUCUGUCGGUUCCCUGACGAUAAUCUUUAAUCCAGCGCCCUCUGCUGGUCAACAUGUUAAAAAACAUGAUGACCAAACAACUGUAGAUCUGAAGACAUUCCCGUCAGCCUCAUGGUGCGUUCCAUUAAUCUUGGAUGUCGGAGCUGGAUUUGACAUCACACCCGAGUUGAUCACUUACCAGUUAUGAGUUGGUAACAAGCUACAUGGAGUACCUUUGUUUUGUUAGCUUAAACCAGAAGAUAACAACACACUACGUGAUAGUUUGCAAACCACAAUAGUUACAGAUUAAACGUUACUGUUGAUGCACGGAGCAGCCAUGUUGGAUUUUAGCUCGGGCUACUAAAAGUUCUCAGAGUUACCAAGUCCGACUUCCAACUUCAGGGGGGCGUUACUGAUGAGGUACUAGACAGAAUUCCGAGAUUAAAUGGAACGCACCAUCAGCUGUCCUCUGUGUAUACUGGUCAUAAACCAUGUUCCUGCUGCUGGGAUGUUACCAUGACGAUACGCUUAGGGCGGGAAGCUCAAAUGUUAUCAUGUCAUUCUGUUAUGUUCAAGGUUUUUAGUCAGAAUCAUUUUAUCACUUCCCAGAAUAAAGCAUGGUAACAUUAGCAAACAGGUGUCAGAUUCUAGACGUUUUUAUCACUAACAACCUUGAACAUAACAGAACGACAUGAUGACACCUCCUGAGCUUAACGCCCCGACUGUGACGUCAUGGAAACAUGGCCGCCACAGGAAUAUGGUCUUUACACUUUUCUUAUAAUGUGUUAUAAAAACAUUAACUGAUACUUAGUGUUAUCAUGUAACUUCUGGACAUGUUAGCUAAUGUUAGCAUGUGUUUCAUGGAAAUUAAUGCUCUACUUGGCUAAUGUUAGCAUUUUUUUUGGAACAUAAAUGCUCUAGUUAGCUAACAUUAGCAUGUGUUUUAUGGACUUUAUUUAAUGCACUGGUAAGCUAACGUUAGCAUGUGUUAUGUAGGUAAUUGCAGGCUUUUAAAAGACUAACAUGAUAAACUGAUGACAUCAUAUUACUCUCAGCUGCACUAUGUAUAGCAACGUUAGCAUGAAAACACUCAAACUGUUCAGUUUUAUGACUUAUCAUGUCGACUAUGUGUCUGUUUAAAUAAAUACACUAUAAAAAACA